UGUACUUCCACUCUAGCCUGUGUGCUGCUACACAAGCAGAUUUCAGCAAGCAGCCUCUGAAACAGGUAGAGGAUCAGAUUGUUCUCAGCAUCCUAUGCUCCCAUCUAACCUCUAGGAGGGGUGCAGGAGAAUGUCUCUCUUCAGCUGCAUUCAAUUAUUUGGGUUUAUUAUGAUUGUGAUUCUCAGUCAUGUGGUCUGUAUGAGCAUGUAUGAGACCAGAGCUAAACCUAAGAAAAUGUCUGAGAAUAGCCAGUAUGAGCAAGACCUUUGGUCUCAUCAGACUCAGGAAAGGAAUCACAGAAGGUCACAGAUGUCAAAGAAAGAUAGGACUUUUGGUGCGUUGCCAACUCCAGCCUUUCUACCAAGUGAGGAGAUGAUUGGUUCCCCACUCUGGAGAGUGACAGGGGAAAAAGGGCAGCCAAGUGCUAUGAAACAAAACAGAGAUGAACUCCAAACCUUUCAGUUAUCCUAUAAUCAACGAGUAAAUCAGCCAGAAGAUAUAAAAGCCAAGAGAAAAAAGCACAGGGACCAAAAAAGGUCUAGUCUGAAAGACCGUGUCAGACAUCACAGAGGGAGAGGCUUUGAAGUGGAAUCCAGCGGUCUCAUAAAAGAAGAUUUAACCUUCAAAGCGCCCACUCAGUACACUUAUUUGGACAUGUCCUCAAGUGGUCCUGCUGCCAUGCUUCCCCAGAGCACAUCCAAUCCAAUGUUUAUUAAUGAGCAGCCUACAACAAUGUUAGAAACAGCUCAUCGAAUGCGGACUCAUGGAAAGAAGGGAGCAGAUGUGAUGCCAACUCUAGACAUGACCCUUUUUGAUUGGACAGAUUAUGAAGAUAUGAAACCAGAAACAUGGCUAUCAUCAAAAAAGAAAGGUAAAAACAAGGAGAACACAAAAAAUGCUACUUUGUCAGUUGAAGAACCAUGUGAUCAUCAUCUUGAUUGUCUUCCAGGAUUUUGCUGUGACUUACGAGAACACCUCUGCAAACCUAACAAUCGAGGACUUAACAAUAAGUGUUACGAUGACUGUAUGUGUACUGAAGGUCUUCGCUGUUAUGCCAAAUUCCAUCGGAAUCAAAGAGUAACUAGACGGAAAGGACGAUGUGUGGAUCCAGAAAAUAUAAAUAAAGAUCAAGGAUCAUUUAUUUCUAUUUAAAACAUACAAAUAUGUCUGCCAACUCUACAGUAUUUAUAAACUGAUCUUACUUCAUGGAUGAAGUGUGUGUCAAGCAGUCUAUGAUGUUCUUCUAUUGCAGCAGCUGAAACUUUUCUACAGUAGUCAGGCUUUAUUGGAAUUAAAGAUAUAAAACACUUUACCAAUAAAGAAAUGAAGGUUAAUAAGCCUGCAAAAAAUAAUUAGAGAUGUAUUAAAACUGCCUUUGCAAAUUCUUCAGACAAAGGCAGUUUAAAUACACCUAUACCGGAUGUAGCUGUAUUAAUGUAAUAUGUAUAUAUAUAAUAAAAUAUGAUGAUAUACACUAUAGUAAUUUACUAUGGGCAUUUGUGCAAACAUGAUGCCCCUUAGAGCACACACAAAGCACCCUACCAAUGCUACUAGGUACAAGGAACCAUGGUAAUUAACACACCCUGAGAUUGUGAAAAUUUAAAAUUGAAUAUGUGCUUCCUUCUAUGAAAGUAAGAAACUAUCUUUAUAAUCAAAAUGUUUAAAAUGUUAGAAUCUUAAAAGUGUAACUCGAUCUUAAUGGGCCCUACAGCAAAUUAUUUUUCAGGCCCCCAAAAUGUCUAGUCUUCUUUUACCAAAAUGUAUAACAUUUGUAUAUGAAUUAGGGCCUCAUGGGCCCUGUUGCAAUCGCAGGGUCUUCUUCCUCUGUAGUGCCACCCCUGAUGUUACAUGUACUUCAUCUCAUGGCAAUAAAGAACUUUCAAAAAACAAUUGGUUAAAAAAUCUGUACAGUUUCUGAAAUAAUCAAGGUACUCUUCCCUGUCCCCCCCCCUCAGUAAUCUGUCUCUUUUCAUGCAGCUUUGUUUGAUAGUUAAGUGUGUGCUGCCUUCGCAUAGACAAUGUAUUAGAGCUACAUUUCGAAAUGACUGACACAAAGCUGCACGAAGAGAGACAAAUGGUAAGAAAGGGAUAGCGAUGGGUGAAUUGAUUAUUUCAGAAACUGUACAGGAUUUUUAACCUUUUUUUCCAGAAAGUUCUUUAUUGCCAUGGAUAACUUGAAAUGUAUGCAAGUGCUCCCUUUUAAAAUUCUGUACCAUUUGUGAAAUAAUAAGAUAAUAACUUUCUCUUCAGCAUCCCCCUUUAAUCAAUCUGUCUGCCAGGACAAAUACAUUGGUUUGUGCUGCUUUGCUUAGAAAGUGUACUACGGCUUACUGUCUUCCAAAAUAACCAAAAAGCUGCAUGUGGAUAAAGACAAAUGGCUGAGAGGGGAAUGGUAAAGAGUGUUCUGAUUAUUUAAAAAAAAAUGCACAUUUUAAUUGAUUACAUGUAGAAAGUUUCUUUUUUCCUUAAGUUGUAGCAUAUAUAAUUUUUUUUAAUUUGGUCCCCUGGUCCUUCUUAGCAACAAUGUGAGGCCUUGCACAUUGAGUCCAGUGGCCCUCCUUUAUAGUGGAUUUUAUAUGGUGCACUAUAAGG